UAGUUAGCAACGCUUAGAGAAAAGUAGCAAGUUUUUCUCUUGAACUUCCAAGAGUUUAAACUGAAGGCUACCUGUCUCUCCUUUCAGGUAGUCCUUGUUCAGAUAAAAUCUAGUUCAGAUUUCUUACAAAUGCUGCUUACAAGCAUGAGAUUUUACUAUAUCAUCUGAUGUAUUGCUUUAGUCCCUUUGAAAUAUAGGGAGUCUGGAAGAUCACCUCCCUAUACGUACACUACGAACAGCAUCAAAAAGUCACGAGUCAGUCAGGGAGAUACUCUUACUCUGUGCCCCUGCAGAGCAACCUGGAAGUGACGAUGAGCAAAGGGCUGUGAGCAGAGGCUGGGCUUUUGCUUGCUGGCACAGACUUUGUGGGCACAGCUACCCGUGUGUCAUAGAUCAGACAAUAGCAAUUUAAGAUUUCGCUAUGGAGAUCAAAUUCGGCUGGGCUUUCUGUGUUACACUAGGUCAUAAGUAAAGCCUGGGCAUUCCCUCGGAGGGGCCUGCAUUGCUCUUUUAAAUGGCAGAAAUAUGCCUUCUGUAUACCAGUUUCCAUGCAACCCAUUUUCCUUACUGAGGGGUAGGGAUCUUGAACCAGUUCUUACUGGACUAACUCCCUGUGGCUGUCAGGAGCAAGAAACUCAUUUCUCUCCGUAUUUGCAUCUUGCAGGUCAGGGAAGGAGACCCUGGAAUCCAGCCUGCUUGAGGCUCAGCAGCACUUAUGUCAGCUGGAGAUCGCCAGGAGUCAGCUUGAAAUCCAACUUCACACAGUCAGGCAGGCCAAGGAGGUGAUACAAGGCGAGAGCCUCAUGUGCUUUGUUUCUGGUGAUCCCCCUGCCUAGGGAGGAUGGUAUAAAAAUAGCUGUCUGUCUGCAGUGCUUCUAAGGAGUGAAGGAGCUGGAGACAGAUCCCUCCUACACUGAAAUUCAAAUGGCUUAAGGUUAGUGAAGUCAGAACCGCUGUUUAUGUAGGCCCUGAAUCUUGCCAUUUGUCACGUUUGCAGGGGAAGUGAAGUACCUUCAAUGUGAGCUGGAAGCAGAGAGAUCUCUCGUGAAGCAGGAACGGGAAAAAAUGGCGCAACAGCUCUUGCGGACAGAAGAGCAGUAUAACAAUACCCUCAGACUUCGGGAAACUGAUCACGAAGUGGAAAUAAACAAGCUCCUGCAAGACCUGGCAAGCAAGUGGGAAGAGCACCAUUCAGAGCUACAGGAGAUGCUGGAGCAGUGGGAAAAGGAGAAGGCAGAGACAGAAAGGGAGCAUGAGAAGAAGCUGUUUGAUAUGAAGCAGAAAGUUGCUACCAUGCAAGCUCAACAAGAGGAGGAAUGGACGAGAGUGGAAAAUGCCAAGCAAGAGCAGGAACGGGACAGACUGCAAGCAGUUAAAGAAAAACUGGUAGGGGAGAUAAAACUUCUUCAGGAAUCAGUCACAGCCUCUGAAACCCAAGCAAAUGCAGCAACAGAUAGGAAUCGCUGCCUUGAACAACAACUUCAAACUACAUUGUCUAUCUUAAAAAUUAAAAAUGAGGAAGUGGAAACGCAGUGGGAGAAAAUCCAGAUGCUCCAGAAAGAGGCAGCACAGGGAAAAGCUUUGCAGGAAAGUCUCACUCAUAUGACUGCCAUCCUGUCAGAGAGGGAGGGAGAAAUGAAGUUGUGCCAGGAACAGAUGAGAAUGCUGGAAAACCAGAAAGAAAUGCAUGAAACUACUCUCAGUGAGGUUAUCAAGGACAUAACAGAGAAAAAACAGAAGGUUGAAUCCCAGCAAGAACAGAUACAGGAGCUGGAGAAGCAGCAAGAAAUGCUGAGGACUGCUGUCAGCAAGAUGAGCAAAGAGCUGGAGGAGAGAGACCGGGAGAGCAAAUUCCAGGAAGGGAAAAUAAUGUUUCUAGAACAACACGGUGCACCACAAGUGAGAAAUCUGCAGCUGGAUCUUGAUCAUAUGAAAGGAAACUUGAAGGAGAAGAACUUGGAGCUUCUGUCUCUGACUCAGCAGAUCCAAGCACUGGAAAUGGAGAGAGAACAGGUGAAAUCUCUGCACACGAGUCUUGAACACCUGAGGGCAGUUCUUAAGGACAGAGAGAGCGAGUGCAAUUCUCAAAGGGAUCAGUUAAGAUUCUUGCAGCAGUACAAGGAACAGCAAGAGGGCUACCUGCAAGAGCUUCGUGGUACACUAGAAAAGAUGACCCUUUCUUUAUCUAAAAAGGAUCAAGAGCUUGAGUCACAACAAAAGCAAAUCCAGGAAGCUGAAGAAGUCAUGGAAAGGCAGUUAACGACUGUCUGUGACCAACUGGAGCAGACCUCAGGAACCUUAAAGGAAAAGGACUGACUCCU